AUGCUGGAGUGGGAGGUCCAGGUCAUCCCCCUGACGGCAGACAGGCCACCGUACCAGCCGCGGCCACCAAACGCUGCAAUCCGAUGGCCCGAAGGCUGCCUGGAGUUGGUCACUAUCAUUUUCAGUCAUGCUUGGUUUGGUGAUAAUGGACGCAUCGAACACGGGCAAUGGACACAUCUGCGGUUCGAUGGGAGAAGUCUGACUGAGCUGGGAAAUGAGAUAGCAAAUCGAUUGGGUGUCCAGUUCGAGAACAUGACUCUGUGUGUUCAGGCAGGCGACCUUGGCCGGCCCGUCCCUCUCCUCACCGACCUGCCUUUAAGAGAUGAUCCCACCAUCAUCCUGGCGUUCAUGGUCGAUUCACCAGGGUACAAUGCGCUCCGGUUUCCAGAUCUUGCUGCUGAAUAA